AUGGCGCUGGUCGCCGGGGUCAUCCGGCGGCUGGACGAGGCGGUGGUCAACCGCAUCGCGGCCGGGGAGGUCAUCCAGCGACCGGCCAACGCCAUCAAGGAGAUGAUCGAGAACUGCUUGGAUGCUAAAUCCACAAGUAUUCAGGUGACGGUUAAAGAAGGGGGGCUGAAAUUAAUUCAGAUCCAAGACAAUGGCACCGGAAUCAGGAAAGAAGAUUUGGCCAUCGUCUGUGAAAGGUUCACCACAAGCAAGCUGCAGUCUUUUGAAGACCUGGCUAGUAUCUCUACCUAUGGCUUCAGGGGCGAGGCCCUGGCCAGCAUAAGCCACGUGGCCCACGUGACGGUGACCACCAAAACGGCGGAUGGCAAGUGUGCCUACAGAGCAAGUUAUUCCGACGGCAAACUGAAAACACCCCCCAAACCUUGCGCCGGGAACCAGGGGACCCUGAUCACGGUUGAGGACCUGUUCUACAACGUAGCCACCAGGAGGAAAGCUUUAAAAAAUCCCAGCGAAGAGUACGGAAAGAUCCUGGACGUUGUCGGCAGAUACUCUAUACACAACUCAGGCAUCAGUUUCUUAGUUAAAAAACAAGGGGAGACCGUGGCCGACGUCCGCACCCUGCCCGACGCCACCACGGUGGACAACAUCCGCUCCAUCUUCGGAUGCGUCGUCAGCCGGGAACUGAUAGAAGUGGGAUGUGACGACCCCAAGCUGGCCUUCAAGAUGAAGGGCUACAUCUCAAACGCCAACUACUCCGUGAAGAAGUGCAUCUUUUUGCUCUUCAUAAAUCAUCGGCUGGUGGAUUCCACGGCGCUGAAAAGGGCUAUCGAAAGCGUGUACGUGGCCUAUCUGCCCAAAAACACCCAUCCGUUCCUCUACCUCAGCCUGGAGAUCGCGCCCCAGAACGUGGACGUGAACGUCCACCCGACCAAGCACGAGGUCCACUUCCUCCACGAGGACAGCAUCCUGGAGCGGGUGCAGCAGCACAUAGACAGCUGCCUCCUGGCCUCCAAUUCCUCCCGGAUGUUCUUCACCCAGACUUUGCUGCCCGGCCUCACCGGCCCUUCCAGGGAGGAGGCAACGAAAUCGGCGGCUGGCGGCGGUCCCUCCUCCUCCUCGUCGUCGUCGUCCCAGGGCCCCGGCAGCAAGGUGUCUGCCCAGCAGAUGGUCCGCACUGAUGCCCGGGACCAGAAGCUCGAGGCCUUCCUGCAGCCCGGGAGCAGCUCGCCCGCGGCUCCGCUUGGUUCUGCCCCCCGGGACUCCCGGGACUCCGCGCCCGGGAGGCCGGAGGCCAACACGGCAGAGCCCGAGGACCGCCCGGAUGAGGCCGCGGGGACGCGGGACCCCGCCACGGGGACGCCCGGCUCGGAUCGGGGCAGAAAGAGAGCGCGGGAGGAUUCGGACGAGGAGAUGCUGGAGGAGGAAGGCGGCGAAGAGAUGACGGCCGGAGGCGCCCCUCGCCGCAGGGUCAUCAACCUGACCAGCAUCCUCACCCUCCAGGAAGAGGUCAACGAGCGCGGCCAUCAGCCGCUCCGGGAGCUGCUGCUCGGUCACUCGUUCGUGGGCUGCGUGAGUCCGCAGUGGGCGCUGGCGCAGUUCCAGACCAAGCUGUACCUGCUCAACACCACCAAACUCAGCCAAGAGCUGUUCUACCAGAUUCUCAUUUACGACUUUGCCAACUUUGGAGUUCUGAGGUUGUCGGAGCCAGCCCCACUCCACACUCUGGCCAUGCUGGCCUUGGACAGCGCGGAAAGCGGCUGGACGGAGGAAGACGGCCCCAAGGAAGGCCUGGCCGACUACAUCGUGGAGUUCCUGAAGAAGAAGGCCGAGAUGCUGGCGGACUACUUCUCGCUGGAGAUCGACCAGGAAGGAAACCUGAUCGGAUUGCCCCUUCUGAUCGACAACUACGUCCCCCCGCUGGAGGGACUCCCCAUGUUCAUCCUUCGCUUGGCCACUGAGGUCAACUGGGAUGAAGAAAAGGAGUGUUUCGAGAGCCUCAGUAAAGAAUGUGCCAUGUUUUACUCCAUCAGGAAGCAAUACAUUGCGGAGGAACCCACGCUCUCAGAGUCACAGGGUGAAAUGCCCGUCUCUUACCCGGUGUCGUGGAAGUGGACGGUGGAGCACGUCAUCUACAAAGCCUUCAGGUCCCAUCUCUUUCCCCCUAAACACCUCACGGAGGACGGCACCAUCCUCCAGCUGGCCAAUCUUCCAGACCUGUACAAAGUCUUCGAGCGGUGCUGAGGCUUCACCCCGGAGCAGACCAGACUAUGACCUAGGGGGCUUCCCGGGCAGCCCCAACUACGGCCGGACUUCCGUCAGAGGGAACAAAGUGGCCGGAGAUGUCGCCUUCCCUGCCGGGGGUGGUCUCCAUCCUCGGAAAGCCGGGUUUUACCAGCUUAGUUUUCCCUGUGGGACCACGAGGAGUGUUUGAGGGCCUCUGGGCGACCACUUCAAGCCUAGAACGCCGAGACCUUGUCGUGAGGGAAGGUGAAAUUAAAGAAGUGUGUCGUUCUCACCGUC